AUGUCUAUGAUUUGCUUGGAUGACUUUGAGGCCUAUGCUGAACGUUUCCUCCCUUCAGCAGUGUGGGAUUUCUAUGCUGGAGGUGCAGAUGACUGUGAAUCAAGAGACAGGAACCUGCUAGCCUUUAAAAGGAUACAACUACGCCCUCGAGUCCUAAGAGAUGUUUCAGCAAUAGACAUGAGAACCACUAUUCAGGGCACUGGGAUUAGCUUUCCUGUAGGGAUUGCUCCAACUGGCAUUCCCAGUAUGGCCUGGCCUGAUGGGGAAAUCUGUAUUGCCAAAGCUGCCGAUGCCAUGAAGACAUGUUAUAUUGCCAGUACAUACGCAACGUGCUCCCCGGAGGAUAUUGUCGCAGUCUCCUCAGGCUGCUGCUGGUUUCAGCUCUAUGUUUUCAAAAGGCGUGAUGUUACUGAGAGGCUAGUGCAACGGAUCAAGAGCCUGGGAUACAAGGCUCUUGUGGUGACAGUUGACGCGCCUUACAUUGGCAAGAGAAGAAAAGACACAGUGAAUGACUUCAAGAUACCUGACCAUUUAAAAUUGAAGAACUUUGAAAUAUUUAAGAACGACCAAGAUCGUAACAACAAUCUUCCUCUGUACAACGACGUCUUGGAUCCAGCAAUAACCUGGUCAGAUAUCCAAUGGCUACGAUCUCAGACUGAUCUCCCAAUCAUUCUGAAGGGCAUCCUGACAAAAGAGGAUGCUGAGCUUGCGGUUAGGCACGGUGUCCAAGGAAUCAUUGUGUCCAAUCAUGGAGGAAGACAGCUUGAUGGAGUUUCGGCAACUAUUGAAGUGCUGCCAGAGAUUGUUGAAGCCGUGAGGAACCGUGUUGAAGUUUAUGUGGAUGGUGGAAUUCGAAGAGGAACUGAUGUCCUGAAAGCUUUAGCGCUUGGUGCCAAGUGUGCUUUCAUCGGCCGACCAGUGAUUUGGGGAUUAAGCUACAAGGGUGAAGAAGGAGUUAAACGUGUGCUUCAAAUAUUAAAAAGCGAGCUUCAUACAGCAAUAGCUCUAUCUGGAUACAAAACUCUGUCUGAGAUUGACAGGACACUGGUGAAAUUUGCAAAGCUGUAG